UUACAAGAGAGGUGGAUAUCCGAUAUACACCAUCCACAAGAAGUGUACAGCAGAGACUACUAGAGGGAGUGUCUUUUAUCUCUUAAUACUACGCUCGCUACGCCAUUGCACGUAAACAAAACAUAUACUAGAGAUACAUAUUCAUACGAUAGGCAUCGGUGUACUUAGAUUUAGAGACCGUCCCGGAAUAACCAUGUCAAGACACGGAUUCAUUGCGGCCACUCUGGGUGCACUCAAGGUUGGAGACUUUGCACUUCGACGAGCCUUUGUUGCACAAACCUCCGCUGUACGAAGCCUUGUGGAUAAACUACAAUGGUCAGGAGUCGGCCAUGAUCAGGACCAACUCCAAUUAGACCUAGUGCACAACAGUGGGGCGUUCGUUGGAGAGCAGGAGCCGUCUUUGAGUGCGAGCGAUGUACUGGCGGAUGGCUUCAUGCUUAUGGCUGUGCCCAAAAGAAAGACCACACCAUCUCGUCGUAGGGUCCGACAGCACGAUAAGUUCCCGCAAAACAUACAGAACAUAACGACAUGUCAUAAAUGCGGUGGAGCGAAGCUCUUACACGCUCUGUGCUGGGCUUGCACUAAAAAGAUAAUGGCACAAACGGCCGCAAUACGACGAACAGACCCAGCAUUCACCAUAUUCAAGGACAAAGCCUCGUCUAGAGAACACAAGAUUAAGGAUAUACCUACACCCAUGAACAAGAAGAGCUUUCCUGAGAAGCGGAAGUCACCACUACCCAAGGGUCCUCAGGAAGAGUAAAGUGCGCGUGGGCACCGCGAGACCUGUAGGCUUUUAACGGCCAGGACGAUGCGAUCUUUAGUGGACCUCUAUCAUAUAGCGGAGAUGUUCUCAAUAAAUGUGAUUUGCAACGU